AUGACUGAAAUUCUCAACAUCGGAAGCGAGCCGGUCUUUGACGAUCGCAUCGUCAAGAUCGAGACUCACACGUACAACCCGUACGCCAACACAACGUUUGAUUAUAGCGACGAGAUACGAAUACCCAUACAACAGCAGGAUCUGUAUACGUUGCCGUGCGAAAGUUUUCUCUACGUCGAAGGAACAUUGACGGUGACCAGAGCAGCCGACCAAGUCGGUAAUGUGGUAUUGGGUACUAAUUGCGUCGCGUUUAUGUUCGAUGAGAUUCGAUACGAGCUCGACGGUAUGGAGAUUGAUCGUUGCAGAAACGUAGGAAUAACGAGCACGCUCAAGAACUACGUUACGGUAUCGUCCGAUAGAAGCGUGAUCCUGCGAAACGCGGGCUGGGAACCACAUAAUAAUCCGAAUGGAUAUUUCACUUUUUACGUACCGCUCAACUUGUUACUGGGAUUUUGCGAGGAUUACAAACGCGUGGUGAUCAACGCUCGUCACGAAUUGAUCUUGAUACGAGCGCGCAACGACAACAAUUCCCUGGUGGGAAGUCUCGCGUUGGAGCCUACUAUCAAAAUACUCAAGAUACAAUGGCGAAUGCCUCACGUGGUAUUGAACGAGAUCAACAAGCUGUCGAUGCUGCGCGCCUUGGAAGACGGACGAUAUCUAAGUAUGGGUUUCCGUUCGUGGGAUCUGUACGAGUAUCCCCUGUUGCAGAACACGACCAAGCACUCGUGGGCCAUUAAGACCGCGAUACGUCGUCUUCGCUCUGCAGACGGGUCGGAAGAAUGUCAUGUCUGCCGACACAAGCCGAUUCAACGACUGCAACUUGACCAACGUAAAACUCUAUCUAAAUUCGGAAGUUUAUCCGGCUACUACGGAUACGAAUAUCUCGAGCCGAGUCUCACCGUUUCGACUUUUCUACGUAACGGCCCGUUCGUGAUCAUCGAUUGCUCUCAUCAAAACGAAUCCGUCAAAAACGCCACCGUGGAUGUCAGAAUAGAAUUCGACUGCAUGGAGAACGUACUGCCGAAUACCUCCGCGUACUGUCUCAUUAUACACGACCGCGUGAUUGAGUACAACCCGUUGACGAACGUGGUGCGCAAAAUAAUCUGA